AUGUCAACAACUGAAUUAUACGGAGGGGCAAUCACCAUAAACAAGCUCCCAUCAUCAUUCAUUGAUAUAUCACGAAUCAGACAAGUUCCUGAUUCACAAGAAGUCUUUAUCAAUGAAGUAGAUAGCACCAACCCGACACUAUCGUCAUUACUCACAUACGACCAAGCCUUGAUUUUCGAUUUAUUAGAACGUGUAGAUGCCGAUGAUUAUGAAUCGGCCAUUGCGCAACACUUGCAAGAUUUUGCUCCUUCCAAUACUGCUAAUCAUCCAUUACAAGAAGUGCAAAUUGAUGGCGGUGAUGAAUUGUUAUACUUCAGUUAUGUUAGUUUCAAACCGGAAUAUGAACGUCAGGAACAUAAUCAAGCGAAGCAGAUUGUUAUAUUGAUAUGCUUGUUGAGGUUGGAUAAAGUGGGGACUGAUGUUUUGAUUCAGUAUAAUUUACCAUUGAAGCGUGAACAUGAAGGAUCAAUUAAUUUUGCUGGUGGGGAUAAUGAGAUUGAUAAAUUUGCAAGUGAGAGAUUUGAAUGGUUUAAGAAUUUAUGUGCUAGUUUUAAAAUAGCCGAUUGGAAGCUAUUUCAAUAG